GUCACAACAAUCUUGACAGGUAGAUGAUCAUACGAAGAAUAUUUGUUGUGUUUCUUCUCUGAAUGUUAGCUGUAGAAAAAAAGAAAAGCAUAAACUUUUAUUCAUAUUUUUCAUGCAUGCAUGCAUGAAAAGUUACAAAAAUAAAGACAAAUUAAAUCAAAGGAAUAUCGAAAUUUCUUCGUGAAUAAAGAUAAAGAAAUGGAUAUUGAAAUUUCUUUGUGAGAAAACACAAAGAAAGACAAAUUAAGCCAGGAAGGGAUAUCGAAAUUUAUGUUGAACAAACACAAAGAAGGACAAAUUAAGCCAGAAAGAGAUAUCGAAAUUUAUGUUGAACAAACACAAAGAAGGACAAAUUAAGCCAGAAAGGAAUAUCGAAAUUUAUGUUGAACAAACACAAAGAAGGACAAAUUAAGCCAGAAAGAGAUAUCGAAAUUUAUGUUGAACAAACACAAAGAAGGACAAAUUAAGCCAGAAAGAGAUAUCGAAAUUUAUGUUGAACAAACACAAAGAAGGACAAAUUAAGCCAGAAAGAGAUAUCGAAAUUUAUGUUGAACAAACACAAAGAAGGACAAAUUAAGCCAGAAAGAGAUAUCGAAAUUUAUGUUGAACAAACACAAAGAAGGACAAAUUAAGCCAGAAAGAGAUAUCGAAAUUUAUGUUGAACAAACACAAAGAAGGACAAAUUAAGCCAGAAAGAGAUAUCGAAAUUUAUGUUGAACAAACACAAAGAAGGACAAAUUAAGCCAGAAAGAGAUAUCGAAAUUUAUGUUGAACAAACACAAAGAAGGACAAAUUAAGCCAGAAAGAGAUAUCGAAAUUUAUGUUGAACAAACACAAAGAAGGACAAAUUAAGCCAGAAAGAGAUAUCGAAAUUUAUGUUGAACAAACACAAAGAAGGACAAAUUAAGCCAGAAAGAGAUAUCGAAAUUUAUGUUGAACAAACACAAAGAAGGACAAAUUAAGCCAGAAAGAGAUAUCGAAAUUUAUGUUGAACAAACACAAAGAAGGACAAAUUAAGCCAGAAAGAGAUAUCGAAAUUUAUGUUGAACAAACACAAAGAAGGACAAAUUAAGCCAGAAAGAGAUAUCGAAAUUUAUGUUGAACAAACACAAAGAAGGACAAAUUAAGCCAGAAAGAGAUAUCGAAAUUUAUGUUGAACAAACACAAAGAAGGACAAAUUAAGCCAGAAAGAGAUAUCGAAAUUUAUGUUGAACAAACACAAAGAAGGACAAAUUAAGCCAGAAAGAGAUAUCGAAAUUUAUGUUGAACAAACACAAAGAAGGACAAAUUAAGCCAGAAAGAGAUAUCGAAAUUUAUGUUGAACAAACACAAAGAAGGACAAAUUAAGCCAGAAAGAGAUAUCGAAAUUUAUGUUGAACAAACACAAAGAAGGACAAAUUAAGCCAGAAAGAGAUAUCGAAAUUUAUGUUGAACAAACACAAAGAAGGACAAAUUAAGCCAGAAAGAGAUAUCGAAAUUUAUGUUGAACAAACACAAAGAAGGACAAAUUAAGCCAGAAAGAGAUAUCGAAAUUUAUGUUGAACAAACACAAAGAAGGACAAAUUAAGCCAGAAAGAGAUAUCGAAAUUUAUGUUGAACAAACACAAAGAAGGACAAAUUAAGCCAGAAAGAGAUAUCGAAAUUUAUGUUGAACAAACACAAAGAAGGACAAAUUAAGCCAGAAAGAGAUAUCGAAAUUUAUGUUGAACAAACACAAAGAAGGACAAAUUAAGCCAGAAAGAGAUAUCGAAAUUUAUGUUGAACAAACACAAAGAAGGACAAAUUAAGCCAGAAAGAGAUAUCGAAAUUUAUGUUGAACAAACACAAAGAAGGACAAAUUAAGCCAGAAAGAGAUAUCGAAAUUUAUGUUGAACAAACACAAAGAAGGACAAAUUAAGCCAGAAAGAGAUAUCGAAAUUUAUGUUGAACAAACACAAAGAAGGACAAAUUAAGCCAGAAAGAGAUAUCGAAAUUUAUGUUGAACAAACACAAAGAAGGACAAAUUAAGCCAGAAAGAGAUAUCGAAAUUUAUGUUGAACAAACACAAAGAAGGACAAAUUAAGCCAGAAAGAGAUAUCGAAAUUUAUGUUGAACAAACACAAAGAAGGACAAAUUAAGCCAGAAAGAGAUAUCGAAAUUUAUGUUGAACAAACACAAAGAAGGACAAAUUAAGCCAGAAAGAGAUAUCGAAAUUUAUGUUGAACAAACACAAAGAAGGACAAAUUAAGCCAGAAAGAGAUAUCGAAAUUUAUGUUGAACAAACACAAAGAAGGACAAAUUAAGCCAGAAAGAGAUAUCGAAAUUUAUGUUGAACAAACACAAAGAAGGACAAAUUAAGCCAGAAAGGAAUAUCGAAAUUUAUGUUGAACAAACACAAAGAAGGACAAAUUAAGCCAGAGACGAGACGAACAUCGAAAUUUCUUCUUUGUUACCAAAAUAGAAUACAUGAUUAUGGGAUCUUCAAGUAGAAAAAGGGAAAUUAUAGAAGAUUUGUCAAUAAUAGGAGGAUUAAUAGGGGUACAAUUCAUGUAUGCAGGAAAUUCAGUGGUUUCAAGUUAUCUUAUGUCAUUAGGGUUCAAACCUUCAUCUUUAAUUAUCUUGUCUUCAUUGGCUACUUUUCUCAUCCUUUGUCCAUUUUCUUUCAUGUUUGAAAGGAGUCAAUGGCCCAGGCAAAUGAGUUUAAAGUUAUUGAUUCAACUAUUUCUAAUUUCAUUUGGAGGGGUCACAUUAUUCCAAUCUUUAUUCAUGGAGGGAAUCAAAUUUACUUCACCUUCAAUGGCAACAGCUAUGCCAAAUCUUGCACCAGGACUCAUCUUUCUCAUUGCUUGGGCUUUUGGAUUAGAGAAAGUGGAGCUAAGAUGUAAAUACAGCAGAGCUAAAAUUGCAGGAACAUUAAUGUGUGUAACAGGGGCAAUACUCAUGAGCUUAAUGCAAAAUACAACAAAUGCUCAAAUAGAUUUUCCAUCUUCACCUCCUCAUGACAAAUACAAUCUUUUCGAUUCGGAAAAGAUCAAAGGUUCAUUGUAUCUCAUGGCAGCUAUACUCGUGUUAUCGAGUAAUAUAGUCUUACAGGCAGCAACAUUAGGUGAUUUUCCAGCACCAAUCUCUUUAUGUGCUAUAACAUCACUUAUAGGCAUGUUAUUGACUGGAUUUGUACAAUUAAUUCAACACGGAUCGAUGGAAAUUGGAUUGCCCCUCUUAAGUAUUCGCGACUUAAUUGGCUACUCGUUAUUGGCAGGUAUUGUUAGUGGAGCAUGUGUAAGUUUCAAUAAUUGGGCAAUGAAGAAAAGAGGGCCAGUUUUGGUCUCUGUUUUUAGUCCUGUUGGGACUUUGUUAACUGUAGUUCUUUCAGCUGUCACUUUAAGAGACACAAUUACUACAGGAAGCCUUGCUGGUAUGUUUCUGAUGUUUACGGGUCUAUAUUUCGUGCUAUGGGCGAAGAGGAAAGAGGGUUUUCUAAAUAAUAACAUGACGAAUUCAUCAUCAGAAAUAGCACGACGGAAUAUAGCCAAUCCUAACUUGUAUGGGACCGAGGUGUAGUUAUUGUUAUAGUAACCAUGACGGAAUGUGCAUUGUCACCAUUAUUAUUGAUGUAUCUCUGUUCUUGUAAACAAAUGAUUUUAUUUAUUUUUUGUAAAAACUUGGAGAUUUAUUUAUAUGCAUUUUUAUAUA